AUGGGUUAUGGUCUGUGUGCAGCAAAAGCUCACUACCCCAUAGCAGAUCUAGUGAACAUGUUGAGAGAACAAGGAAAAAGUGUCAGGUUUGGUAUUCACCCCGUGGUUGGUCGUAUGCCUGGUCAGCUGAAUGUACUCCUGGCAGAAGCUGGUGUCCCCUAUGAUAUGGUUCUGGAAAUGGAUGAGAUCAAUGAGGACUUCCCAGGAACUGACUUGGUGCUUGUAAUUGGUGCGAACGAUACAGUUAAUUCAGCAGCUCAGGAAGAUCCAAACUCCAUCAUAGCUGGAAUGCCAGUUCUUGAAGUGUGGAAGUCCAAACAGAUCAUUGUAAUGAAGAGGUCUCUGGGAGUUGGUUAUGCAGCUGUGGACAAUCCAGUCUUCUACAAACCCAAUACUGCCAUGUUGCUGGGAAAUGCAAAGAAGACUUGUGACACCUUGCAGGCCAAAGUCAGGGAUUCGUAUCAAAGCUAAAUACCAAUUUACACUCAACUUGCUCAUGAUUGUGGCUAUGCUGUUGUCACAGAGGUCAUGGAAAUCAAGAAUUA